CUGACCCUCGGUGUCUUCCCACAUGUCAGCCCUGCCAAGCCAGUCAGUGAGCAGGUUGCAAACCCAAGCUUGCUGGAGUCUUUUGUAACCGCUCAGCCGCACAGGUGGACGUGUGAGGAUUUGUGCCAAAUAGUUUUGGUUUAGAGGGAGGGGUGGGAGUGCAUUCUUAUAACGUCUCUUGGAAGGCUUAAUUUUCCUUUCAUGAAUCAGUGACAAUGCAGUGCCUCAACCACAAAGCCAAGCACUUCUCUUCUGUGUCUUGAAGGACACGGCUGUGCUGCCCUGACAGGCUGGACGCCGAAGAAAACUGAAAACCGGGAGACCUGUGACAAAAGACAAUACGCUCAAAAGAAAAGAAAAGCUCUUGGUUGUUGUGCAAGAGGGAAUCUGCCCACUCCAAAUUCUGAUGAAAAUAUGGCAAGUAGUGAUGAUGACCUGAUUGGGAUCCCUUUCCCCAACCACAGCAGUGAUGUUCUGUGCAGCCUUAAUGAGCAAAGGCAAAAUGGGCUCCUAUGUGACGUCCUUCUCAUUGUCAAAGAGCACGAGUACUACACGCACCGCUCUGUCUUGGCUGCCUGCAGCAAGUACUUUCAAAAGCUCUUCACUGUGGGCUCCUCAGGUGAACAGCACAAUGUUUAUGAGAUUGAUUUUGUUACCCCGGAAUCCUUGGGCGCAAUCUUAGAGUUUACUUACACCUCCACAUUAACUAUCACUGCCUCUAAUGUUAAGGAAAUCCUCAAUGCUGCUCAGAUGCUGGAGAUUCCAUGUGUAAUUAAUGUGUGCCUUGAAAUUAUGGAGACACAUAGGGAGGCAGAUGAAGAAGAAGAUGAGGAAGAGGAUGAUGAGGAAGAGGACGAAGAGGAAGAAGAAAAUGCAUCUGAAAUUUUAGAGCCACAGGAAUCAGAGAAAUCAGCCAUUGCACAGAACAGUUGCCCAAGCACCUCUAACCCAGAGCGCACACCUGAAGAAGAUUUUUGCAGGGACAAAUCAAGGGACUUCAAAAUUGUUGAACAAUUUACCGAUAAACCAAAGGAGCAAGGAGCCACUUGUCUGGAUGGUGGAACAUAUGGACCCCUACGAGACUUCUCCAUCGAAUCUCUAUUGCAAGAAGGGCUUUAUCCAAAAAUAAACCUACCUGACAGCAGACCAAACUUUUCCCCACUUAUGCCCAGCUUUUUUCCACCCAUGUGGGCUGGGGAUUUUGCUGCCUUUCCUCAGAUUCUUGACCACCGCCACCAAGAAAUGGAAAGUGGUCCUCUGGAUCUGGUAAUUAAGAAAGAGAAAAUUAAAGAGGAGCUUAAAGAUGAACUCCAACCCAACGGCUUUCCCAGUGAAUUUUUUAAAGACCUAAUUGGCCUCAGUUCUAGAACUCAGCUUGGACCCAUUAAAGAAGAGAGUGACUUCAGCACUUACCUGAACUUUUUAAGUGCCACCCAUCUUACUGGACUCUUUCCACCGUGGCAACUUGAGGAAGAAAGAAAAAUGAAACCCAAAGCCUCCCAACAAUGCCCUAUAUGUAACAAGGUGAUCCAGGGAGCAGGAAAACUGCCUCGGCAUAUGAGGACGCACACUGGAGAGAAGCCAUACAUGUGUAAUAUCUGCGAGGUUCGGUUUACCAGGCAAGAUAAACUGAAGAUCCACAUGCGAAAGCACACAGGUGAAAGGCCGUACAUCUGCAUCCACUGCAACUCAAAGUUUGUGCACAAUUAUGAUCUGAAGAACCACCUGCGCAUUCACACCGGCGUGCGCCCCUACCAGUGUGAGCACUGCUAUAAAAGCUUCACACGCUCUGACCACCUUCAUCGCCACAUCAAGAGGCAAAGUUGCCGUGUCUCCCGCCCGAGGAGAGGCCGAAAGCCAACUGCCUGGCGUUCUACCAGUCUGCUAUACUCUCAGAGUAAUCACCAUAACGCUCAAGAAGAAAUGGGUGCCCGGCACCUACCACCUUCACUUGGAAUGGCCAUCUCAGACCCCAAUGAAAAAUGCUUUCUGGAAAGCCAUCUACAUCCUCGAAAUGCCUUGAGCCUGAGCAUGGACAAUCUGGACAGUAGGCUACAGGCUACUGAAGUAAAACUACCAGAAAGGAAUCAUAUUUUGGAAGCAGAGAAAAAUCAAGGGAUUUUUGCUUUUGCUUUGACUCAUGAGAACAGCCUUCCACACCGGCCUUUCUUUUCAAGUGCAAACGACACUUGGGGAAUGAGACUCGGUCACGCAACUCCCAUUCCAGAAGCCACCAACUGAAACAAAAAAAAAAAGAAA